UGUGUGUGCGUGUGUGUGCACCUUGUGUGUCUCAGAUUAGAUUGGUUUUGUGGGACUUAAUUAAACCACUCCCCUGGAUUGAACCAGACAUCAGGAAAGCCUGACAUGGCAAAGGGUUACUGCUGAGCUCGCACUGCUUUAUUUAUCACCCUGAAGUGAGUGAGUUUGUGUGCAUGUAUGUGUUCACAUAUUUGGGCUGCUCACAAGAGUGUCUACGUUUCUGUGUGUGUGUGUGCGUGUGUGUGUAAGAGAGCAAGAGAGGGGGGGUGAGGGGGGUUGGAUAAAUCUGUGUGUCCACAUACACAUGUGUGUUACGGAGUCUGGACUCGGUCCAAGUUCGGUUCUUUCCUCCUUCUCUUUUUUGUACAUGAUAUAUAUACCACAAGGACGCCGACGAAGUCAGGAACAGAAUUCUGAUGAAGCGUAUGUUUAUUUGCCUUUGUGUGUGUGUGUUUAUUUUCCUGUGUGUGUGUGGGUGGGUGUGUGUGUGUAAGUAUUUAUAACACAAGGACAGUGAUGCAGAGAGGAGCUGCAUACUGAUUAAGUGAAGUGGAAGAGAGGGCCUCUGUGUUGGCAGGCAGAGCCACGCAGCAACAACAAGUCAUUCACCUAAUUUAGGACACACACACACACACACACACACACACACACACACACACACAUGUUUCAAUCUAAAAAUCUUUCUGAUAACUUUGCAUGCACAAGCGGCGCCGUAAGAUUUUGAAAAGAACAUUGUUGUCUUCAGCUGCUGCGCUGGUUAACUUUCGCUGGAGACUAAUAGGUUUUUCUAAUUAUGGUUAUAUAGAAAUAGAGAUAUGCAAUAACUCUUCAUGGCCUCUGAAUCAGCAGAGAGGUCAUUAGAGAAGGAGGGAGGAAGGGAAAGAAAAGAGCAGAAUGAAGGGAGGAUAAUGCAAAGAGGGAACAGUGAGAGACAGAGAGAGUGAGAGGGAGGAUGGGAAGGAUCAAUACAGAAUGUACCUUGAGAGCUAAGAAUCUGCAUAUCAUGGAACAGGGAGAGGGAGGAGAGUAGGCGUAGAAGAACGGGAAAGCACACACGAUGGGGAAAAGGCUGUUCUCAGGUUUGGAGGUGACCUUAAUGGUCCUGUUCACAUUGAUGGCAGUGGCAGCCAUCACUCUCUUAGUUCUGUUUUUGACUGGAGAACCUGGGCUCCUUAAAGAUGAAACUACUGAAGUGUUCGUUCCUCAAUGUCCCAGCAUCUCUCUGGCUGAAAGAGUCGACUGUUUCCCUGAUGCUGGAGCCUCAAAGCUGCCAUGUGAGCAGCGUGGAUGUUGCUGGAGCCCACUGGAUGAGAGAAACGUUCCCUGGUGUUUCUUCCCAACCAACCAUGGAUACACAGUGGAGUCAGUGGAGCGACCGAGUCCUUACGUUAUGAAUGCCCGACUGAAGAGAUUGGCCUCGCCUUCUUUAUUUGGUGCUGAUAUACAAGAGCUGUCAUUUCACGCAGAAAUGCAGUCAAACAAUCGCCUCCGGUUUAAGAUCUUUGAUGCGCACAAGCAGAGGUUUGAAGUCCCUCAUGAGCACAUCAGCAGCCUCAACAGUGACCCUUCCAGCGCCAUCAGUGACACGCUGGAGAUGACACACAAACCUUUUGGCCUCACUGUGCGCAGGAAGCAGAACAAAAAAGUCCUGUUUGACACUUCAAUGGGUCCGCUGGUGUUUGCAGAUCAGUACUUACAGAUAUCUGCUAAGCUUCCAUCCCAUAAUAUUUAUGGCCUGGGAGAGCAUGUGCAUAGACAGUAUCGCCAUGACACUAACUGGAAAACCUGGCCCAUCUUUACGAGAGACGCUUUCCCUAAUGGGGGAACACAUAACCUCUAUGGACACUAUCCCUUCUUCCUGUGUCUGGAAGAUGAGAGUGGAAAGUCAUUUGGGGUCUUUCUCAUGAACAGCAAUGCUAUGGAGGUGACUUUGCAGCCCGCUCCUGCUGUGACCUACAGGACGAUUGGAGGAGUCCUUGACUUCUACAUUCUCUUCGGAGACACGCCAGAACAAGUGGUGCAGGAGUUCCUUGUGCUCAUUGGCAGGCCUGUCAUUCCUCCCUACUGGUCGCUGGGUUUCCAGCUUUCUCGAUGGGACUACGGCAGCCUGAGUGAGGUCAAGGAAACAGUGGAGAGGAACCGUGCCGCGGCCCUCCCAUAUGACAUUCAGUACACUGACAUCGACUACAUGGAGGAUAAGAAAGAUUUCACUUAUGACAAAGUCAAGUUCAGCGAGCUGCCUCAGUUCGCCGACUACCUUCACGAGAAGGGACAGAGAUACAUCCUCAUCCUGGACCCUGCUGUAGCGACCAGUAAGAGGGUUGGGAACACUCCGUAUGCCUCCUAUGAUCGUGGGACUGAGAAGAACGCCUGGGUGACUGAUUCUGAUGGGAAAACUCCUCUGAUAGGAGAGGUGUGGCCAGGGGAGACUGUGUUUCCAGACUACACCAGCCAAAACUGCAUCGACUGGUGGGUUGAUGAGUAUGUGCGAUUCUCCAGGGAGAUCAAACAUGAUGCCCUCUGGAUUGACAUGAAUGAAGUGGCUAAUUUCAAGAAAGGAUCAAAAAAGGGCUGUGCUGACAACAACCUCAACUACCCUCCCUACACUCCAAAGGUCCUGGAUGAGGUGAUGUACAGUAAGACUCUGUGUAUGGAUGCCAAGCAGGCCUGGGGGAACCACUAUGAUGUCCACAGUCUGUAUGGCUACUCCAUGGUGCUGGCUACUGAAAAAGCUCUGCAGAGUGUGUUUGGAGAAAACCGUACGCUGAUGUUGACCCGAUCCUCCUUUCCAGGUGUGGGAAAGUAUUCGGGUCACUGGCUGGGGGACAACGCUGCCAACUGGAACGACAUUAAAUGGGCCAUCCCCGGCAUGCUGGAGUUUGGGCUCUUUGGAGUUCCCUAUAUCGGAGCUGACAUCUGUGGAUUCUUUGACAACACCAGCGAAGAGUUAUGUCGUCGCUGGAUGCAGGUGGGAGCUUUCUAUCCCUUCAGCCGGAACCACAACGCUCAGGGCUACAAGCCCCAGGAUCCAGCUGCGUUCGGCCUGGGCUCAACCUUGUUGGAAAGCUCGAAGCAUUACCUGAGGAUACGUUACACACUCCUGCCUUACCUCUACACACUCUUCUACAAAGCCCACACCACGGGGGAGACAGUUGUACGUCCUGUCAUGCACGAGUUCUACUCUGACAUAACCACCUGGACAGUGGACCGCCAGUUCCUCUGGGGGAAACACCUGCUCAUCACACCUGUACUAGACCCGGGUGUGGACAAAGUGCGAGCAUAUGUCCCGGAUGCCGUGUGGUAUGACUAUGAGACGAUGGAACAACUGGCAGACCGAAGAACUCAUGUUGAUAUGCAUCUGCCCGCUGAAAAACUUGGUUUACACAUCAGAGGUGGGGCGAUCCUCCCCACGCAGAAACCUGACGUCACCACCACCUACAGUCGGCGUCACCCCAUGGGAUUGAUCGUCGCUCUUGAUGACAUUAAGCAGGCAGCUGGGGAGCUAUUCUGGGAUGAUGGAGAUUCCAGAGAUACAGUUGAAACAGGCAACCACAUCCACUACCAGUUCUCUGUUGCUUAUGGAGUGCUGACUAUGCAGGUGAUCCACGCCGGUUACAAGGACCCAAACAACCUUAAGUUUGAGAACAUUACCGUCCUUGGUGUGCCUGAUGCUCCCAUCGCCGUCUCUGUGACUCACGUGAGCACCGUGAACUCUACCACCGCGGUGACGAACUCCAGCGUACAGUAUGAUGGAGCCAAGAAGGUUAUGUUCCUGCGUGGCCUCCUCUUGACUGUCGGUGAGACUUAUCUAGUGCAGUGGGAACUGGAGUUGAGUGAGAACCAGCGCUUUGACUGCCAUCCAGAGGAGAAGGCAGAUAAGGCUAAGUGCGUGGCCAGAGGCUGCAUCUGGGAGGAAAGCAACAUCGAACAUGUUCCAUGCUGCUUCUAUCCAAAAGACUACGGAUACACCAUUACGAAAAACGAAGAGACGACCUCAGGCAUGACGGUUGAUAUCACUCGGAACAAGAAGUACAGGAGCAGUGGUCGCCCAGAUUCACCAGACGUUGACAGGCUCCGUGUUGAGAUCCGUUACCACAGCAGCUACAUGCUGCAGUUUAAGAUCUGGGACCCGGCCACAGAGCGUUAUGAGGUUCCAGUGCCGCUGUCAGUUCCCACUACUCCUGAGACUAGCAAGAGCAAUAGGCUUUACAAGGUCGAAGUUACCAAAAACCCAUUUGGCAUCCAGGUCAUACGGAAAAACACAGGAACCAAGAUCUGGGACUCCUCUGUGCCAGGUUUUACAUUCUCAGACAUGUUCAUCCAAGUGUCCACUCGACUGUCGUCGGAGUACGUGUACGGCUUCGGAGAGACGGAGCAUCCCACCUAUAAGCACAACCUCAACUAUCACACCUGGGGUAUGUUCGCCAAGGACCAGCCUCCCGGUUACAAGAAGAAUUGCUAUGGAGUGCAUCCCUUCUACAUGGGCCUCGAGACCACAGCUCAUGCUCACGGUGUGCUGCUACUAAACAGCAAUGCCAUGGAUGUGACAUUCCAGCCUACUCCAGCGUUGACCUACCGCACUGUGGGAGGCAUCUUGGAUUUCUACAUGGUCCUGGGACCUACGCCUGAAAUGGUGGUGCAGGAGUACACUGAACUGAUUGGACGACCUGUUCUACCUGCCUACUGGUCCCUUGGGUUCCAGCUCUGUCGCUAUGGUUACGCCAACGACCAGGAGAUAGCAGAUCUAUACAGAGAAAUGAGGGCGGCGCGUAUACCCUAUGAUGUGCAGUAUGCAGACAUUGACUACUUGGACCGUCAGCUGGACUUUGUUCUGGACCCAGAGUUUAUUGGACUGCCUGCCCUGGUAGACAACAUGAGGAGAGAGGGCAUGAGGUUCAUCUUCAUUCUGGAUCCAGCCAUCUCAGGUAAUGAGAGUUAUUACCCGGCCUUUGAGAGAGGUCAAGCAGAAGAUGUCUUCAUCAAAUGGCCCAAAAGCCUAAGUGAUGAAAUUGUGUGGGGGAAGGUCUGGCCGGAUUACCCCAACGUCACAGUAAAUGAGACUCAGGACUGGGAUACCCAAGUAAAGAAAUACAGGGCGUACACCGCAUUCCCCGACUUCUUCCGCAACAACACGGCAGCGUGGUGGCAAAAAGAAAUACAGGAUUUCUAUGACAAUACCACAUUUGAUGGCAUCUGGAUUGACAUGAAUGAACCUGCUAGUUUUGUCCACGGUACAGUUGGAGAGAACUGUCUUGGUGGUACAGUUGGAGAGUACUGUCUUGGUAAUCCACUCCUAGAGAACCCUCCUUAUAUGCCAUCCCUGGACUCCAAAGACAAGGGAUUAAACCAUAAGACUAUGUGCAUGAAUAGCGAGCAGAUACUGAGUGAUGGAAAGAAAGUCCGACACUACGACGUCCACAAUCUCUAUGGAUGGUCCCACACCAAGCCCACCUACGACGCACUGCUCAAUGUGACAGGUAAAAGAGGCAUAGUGGUGACCAGGUCCACGUACCCUUCCAGUGGAAAAUGGGCUGGACAUUGGCUGGGAGACAACGAUGCCAGAUGGGACCAGCUCUACAAAUCCAUUAUAGGCAUGAUGGAGUUCAGUCUGUUUGGCAUCUCUUACACUGGGGCAGACAUAUGCGGGUUCUUCAAUGCAGCUGAGUAUGAGAUGUGUCUCCGCUGGAUGCAGCUGGGUGCCUUCUAUCCGUACUCACGCAACCACAACGGCAAGGGUAACAUGAGACAAGAUCCUGUUGCUUGGGAUGCCGAAUUCGCAGAGGUUUCCCGGAACGUCCUGAACAUCCGCUACACCCUGCUGCCCUACCUGUACACUCUCAUGUUUGAGGCUCACACCGCAGGAAGCACAGUAGUCAGACCACUCUUGCACGAGUAA